AUGAGGUGGGCGAGAUUAGUUCGCUAUAGGAUAAGAAACGUGAAUAACCUCUCGAAGUUUCUUCCGGAUUUUUUCAAGUCCUGCCUCAAACUCAAUUAUAACGCGCUUCCGCACACCGUAGCAGUCAAGAGUCUUAGGUUUUACCUUAGUGUUGAUUGGAAUAAGGUGGCUUCUUGUACCGUACAACCACCUUAUCUUCCUUCCCAACUGACACUUCGCAAGGCCUCGAAUAACUUCGUGGGGGAUCGGCGUGAUCCCUUGCUUCUCAAGGUUGCAUACGGCAAGGAAAUGUCCCUAGUGGACUGCAAACUUCAUUAUAAACUUAGUGAAGAUGACAUUCGCCAGUUGGUGACGGUGUCACCGAAUUCUGUGGAGUUAGCUAAAGCCAGAUCGACUCCCCACAAAAUCGAAAAGCUUUUUGCAAACUCUGAUUUCACCAAUCCUAUUCUUCUGUUCCAUGAUAGUGUUUGUAGGACACCUGCAGUCAGGCACAUGGACGAAUUGCCUACACUCCUUGGGGAGAAUGAAUAG